AUGAAUAGAAGUUGGAUUCAAGCACCCCGCAUAAGCGAUGAGUAUGAAAAGGGGGUUGAAGAUUUCUUGAAGUUUGCACAACAACAUGCACCAGCUGUGGGUGGAAAGUAUUUUUGCCCGUGCGUAAACUGUGUGAAUGGAAGGCGUCAGACAUUAGUUGUCAUUAGAUCACAUCUAAUUUGUGAUGGCUUCAUUCGGAGUUAUACAAAUUGGAUAUGGCACGGUGAAUUGCCAGAGGUCUCAUUACCUGCCGACAAUGAGGCGGUACCGUUAGAAACCGGAGAUCGAAUGGAAGACAUGAUACGUGAUCUUGGGCAAGAGGGAUUUUUGGAAGCUCAUGCACCCUAUUAUGAAGAUUUGGAAACAGAUUCCAAGUUACCGUUGUACUUGGGGUGCACAACCUUCACUCGGUUAUCUGCAGUGCUAGCUUUGGUCAACUUGAAGGCUAGAUUUGGGUGGAGUGACAAAAGUCUGACUGAGUUGCUUGUCUUAUUGAAGAAUAUGCUUCCCAAUGAUAACAAGUUACCAAAUAGUCACUACGAGGCUAAGAAGAUAUUAUGUCCUGUGGGUCUGGAGUACAAGAAGAUUCAUGCUUGCCGUAAUGAUUGUGUGUUGUACAGAAAAGAGUUUGCCGAAUUGCGGAAUUGCCCAACAUGUGGGGUAUCACGAUACAAACAAAAUGACGGGGAAUACACUGAUGAUGUAGCCACAUCCAACCCUCGUCCAGCAAAGGUUUGUUGGUACCUUCCAAUUAUACCAAGGUUUAAGCGAUUGUUUGCUACUGCACACGAUGCUUCUAACCUCAAAUGGCAUGCAGUUGACAGAAUAAAUGAUGGGUUUCUCCGACAUCCUGCUAAUUCUCCACAGUGGAAGACAAUUGAUUACUUGUAUCCUGAAUUUGGAGCCGAACCAAGAAACCUUCGACUUGGUCUUGCUUCGGAUGGCAUGAAUCCAUUUGGUAACUUGUCCACUAAUCAUAGUUCAUGGCCUGUGUUGCUAAUGAUUUACAACCUUCCUCCUUCGUUAUGCAUGAAGCGCAAAUACAUUAUGUUGUCUAUGAUGAUAUCGGGUCCAAGACAGCCAGGAAACGAUAUUGAUGUGUACCUUACUCCUUUGAUUGAAGACAUGCGCAAGUUGUGGGUAGACGGGGUUGAUGUGUAUGAUGCAAAUCAGGGUGAGACUUUUAGGUUGCAUGCGAUGAUAUUUUGCACCAUCAAUGACUUUCCAGCUUAUGGGAAUUUGAGUGGAUAUAGUGUGAAAGGUCACCAGGCUUGUCCUAUUUGUGAGCAAAACACAAGUUUCAUCCAACUUAAACAUGGGAAGAAGACAGUUUAUACACGGCAUCGUAGGUUUUUAAAACAUUAUCACCCCUAUCGACGAUUGAAGAAAGCAUUUAAUGGUAGCCAAGAGGCUGAAGAACCCCCAGAACUGUUAGCUCCCCAUGAAGUGUAUGAUCGGGUGAAAGACAUCGUAACUGUUUUUGGUAAGACACAGCGGAAGGAUCAUGCUAACAAGAACAUUUGGAAGAAAAGGUCAGUGUUCUUUGAUCUUCCUUAUUGGACCAAUCUACAUGUUUGGCAUUGUCUCGACGUUAUGCAUGUGGAGAAAAAUGUUUGUGAUAGUUUACUUGGCACCCUUCUUAACAUCAAAGGAAAGACAAAGGAUGGUCUGAAAUGUCGACAAGAUUUGGUCAAUAUGGUGGCUGUGCGUGGUAUAUUGCCUGAAAAGGUAAGGGUUGCAAUCAGCCGCUUGUGCUUUUUCUUUAAUGCAAUCUGUCGUAAGGUCAUUGACCCAAAACAAUUGGAUGAUUUGGAGAACGAGGCAGCCAUUAUCCUAUGUGUUGAAAGGAUAUACCAAAAAUCCAUAUCGACAGAGGCUAGCAUUGUUGAACGAUACGUUGCUGAGGAAGCUAUUGAGUUUUGUUCACAAUAUAUAGAAAUGGCUACACCAGUGGGACUUCCUCAAAGUCGUCAUGGCUCCACCAUGGAAGGUAGGGGCACACGGGGGUUCAAUGUUGUAACCAUGGAUCACCAACAGCUGGCACAAGCUCAUCUAUAUGUAUUACACAACACAGCUGAGGUAAUCCCUUACAUAGAUGCUCACAAACAACAUCUGUGUCGUAUUCACCCAAAAAUGAACAUGAUGAGGUUGUUGCAAGAGCACAAUAGAACUUUCAUAUCGUGGUUUAGACAAACAAUCUUCGCCGAUGACAGUGCUUCAGACACAUUAAGAUUGCUAGCCGUGGGUCCAAAUAUGAAUGUUCCAACUUGGAAGGGAUAUGAUAUCAAUCAGUAUUCUUUCUACACAAAGUCCCAGGAUGAUAAAAGUAGUGUGCAAAAUAGCGGGGUCAGUGUUGAUGGUCAAUCAGAGCACUUUUGUAGUGCUGCUGACAAUAAUCCCAUUGAAGCUUGCAUGCCUUACUAUGGAGUCAUUGAAGAGAUUUGGGAGGUUGAUUACGGUGAAUUUAGAGUACCUCUUUUCAAAUGUAAGUGGGUCAAUGGAAACACAGGUGUGCGUAAAGACAAAAUGGGAUUCACUUUAGUAGACCUUAAAAAAGUUGGUUACAAGGACGACCCAUUCAUAAUGGCAACGCAAGCUCGACAGGUGUUUUAUGUAGAAGAUCCAUGCGACUCUAGAUGGGCAGUGGUUUUGCAAGGGAGAACAAUUUGUAUCGGUCACCAUGUUGAUGGAUCAACACUUGAUGUCACUGACAUGCCAUCUUUCUCCAAAGAUAUGCCUUCAAGUACUAUUGAACAAGAAGAGGAUGAUGUAUAUGCAAAUCGUACUGAUCAUGACGAGGGUUUAUGGGAGAACAUUCCUACGGCCAUGGCAACACCACCACCAUCCCCGCCACAAUCAGAAAACCCUCCUGAGGUUACUUCGAAAAGGACAAGACAAUCCACGAGGCUCAGAAGUUUGACGUCUAGAUGCUUAGAUGGCCCACGGCCAGUUGUGAACGUGAAUCCAGCUACAGGUAGAGGGUCAGGGCCUCAUAAAGAGAAAUUUCACAGUUAUUUAGGGGUUGUCGCAAGGGAAAAAGUUCCUAUUGUACACGCGAAUUGGAAUGUUGUCCCCGACAAUCUAAAGAGCUUAAUAUGGAAAGAUAUUUUGCGCAAAUUUGAUAUCCCUGAAGGUGAAAAUGCAAAAAAAAAGGUGAUGUCAACAGUUGCAGCAAGAUGGAGGCAAUUUAAGUCUUCAUUGACUUCAAAAUUUGUCUUUGCUGACAAUGAAGGUCAGCAAAUAUCUGAUCCUACAGUCAAGUAUGGCCUUGAUCCAGAAACAUGGGCGGAAUUUGCAAAAAGCCGCAAAACUCCUAAUUGGCAGGGUAUACGAAAGAAGGCCCAGGAAAUUCAAAAAAUUUAA